AUGAACGUCGAAGCACACGAUGCCGAUUCUGGACUGAAUGGACAAGUGUAUUAUUACUUGGAGAAUACUUCAUCCGAUUUAUUUUCUGUCCACCCCGUCACUGGCCAAGACUGCGGGAUUCCCAGUCGGACGACGGAUAAGAGCAUUCAAGUGACUGUAGUUGACUUCAACGAACAACACCCCAUCUUCCUCAGAGAAUCUUAUGAAGAAGAGGUAGGCGAAGACGCGCCUCCAGAGACACCAGUGGUCAGAAUUGCUGCGUACGACACAGAUCAUGGGAGAAAUGCAUUGGUCAGUUUUAGAUUACUUGCUGGAAACCAGGACGGAAAGUUCAAAAUAAACCAAAGAACAGGUCUUAUUUCGACAGCUGGCUGGCUAGACGCUGAAACCAAAGCUUAUUAUAGCCUAACGGUUUCAGCCAUUGACCUCGCCAGCAAUACCCUUAGAAAGCAGUCUUCUGCGAAAGUAACCAUUAGAAUACUCGAUGCUAAUGAUAAUUCCCCUGAUUUUGUAACUCCCAACACCGAAGUGACAGUAGAUGAAAAUGAACCUGCUGGUUCUUAUGUCACCAGAGUCAAAGCAGUCGACGCUGAUGCAAGUGAAAACGGUUUCCUAUCGUAUAGCAUUUCCAACAUAGAACCAAUUCCUUUCGUAAUUGGUACCUUCGAUGGUGUUAUCAAAACAUCAGAAAAAUUGGACUAUGAGUCUGGUCAGCGCACUUUUACAGUUAACGUACGCGCUUCAGAUUGGGGACAGCCCUUCAAACGAGAAGCAGAGACCACCGUGAAAAUCAACGUCCGUGAUAUCAACGACAAUAUACCUGAAUUUAUAGGUACAGAUUGCAAAGGCUGGCUGGCUGCAAGUACUUCUGCUGGCUCACAGAUAAUCACUUUAAGAGCAGUGGACCUGGAUGCUCACAGCAGCAUCUCAUAUAAGCUCUCUAACAAGGGCCCAAGUGAGUGCUGGUCUCUAGAUAGUUCAUCGGGGAUUCUGUCUCUCAGCUGUGACUUGAAAGAAAGUUUACUACAGUCCAGCAAGUCCCUGACAGUGAUCGUUAAUGUUACAGCUUCGGAUGGAAAAUAUACGUCAGAGCAGUUGUCUGUCACUCUGCUUGUUUUUGAUGCACCCACGUUAGGCAAUUCUGAAGCCUUCAAACAAAACAAAGUCAGGUGUUCGCCAUCCGAAGCGGGUGAAAAAGUUGAAGCAACGAUUGCGGCAGAGCUCAAAACAUUUGAUGAACCUGAAGCCUACUCGUUUUUACCGACACAGUAUGAUUUCAACGCCAACCACCCAGAGUUCUCAGACGGAAUGCCGGGGAUGAUCGAAAUUCCUGAGGAUACUUCGGUGGGAAAAGAAGUUUUUAAGUGCACAGCCACAGAUAGAGAUGAGGGACCGAAUGGAAUGAUUGUUUAUGCAAUCAGUUCAGGAGAUUUUGAUUCUGUGUUUAACAUUGAUUUAUACUCAGGAGUUAUUAAAGUCACCGCUCCUUUAGAUAGGGAAAGAACAUCAGUGUAUAUUCUCAACGUCACGGCUUAUGAUUUGUCCCACACCCAUUUAAGUACAUCUAAAAAUAUAACCAUCAAUAUAUUGGAUGUAAAUGAUAAUUCUCCCGAGUUCACGAUGUUGAGCUAUAGUCUUUAUUUGCCAGAAGACACGAAGAAAGGCACAAGCGUGGCACAGGUGCUGGCCAUUGAUCCUGAUGAGGGUGACAACGCUGAAGUUUCCUACGAACUUGUGAAUCACGAGCAAACAUUUCACCUUGAUCCAGUUUCUGGCACACUGUAUGUGGCCGAAAAUCUAGACAGAGAAUCAUCGGAAAAAUUUCUGUUGAAAAUAAAGGCACGGGACAGAGGGAAAUACGAACAAAUGUACUCCAUUGCAAAAGUUUCUAUCACAAUUCUCGACAUAAACGACUGCGCGCCGGAUUUUGGCGCAGGGUCUUCAGUGACCGUGAGUGUGUUCGAAGAUUACCCUACAGGAACAGUGAUUGCGACCAUGCAGGCAGUUGAUCGUGAUCUUGGAGAUGGAGGUAAAAUCACCUACAAUAUAGCAAACGAUCAUGGUGGGAAUUUUCGGAUAGAUCAUACAAAUGGAGUUGUGAGAAUCGCUUCCUCGCUUGAUUUCGAGGCCAAUCAGACACAUAACCUAACAAUUAUAGCAAAGGAUGCCGGGUCCCCUCCUCUUUGGAGUGAAGCGGUGUUGUUGGUUUACGUAGAAGACGUACCAGAGACCACUUCAUCACCGACAUUCAAACAGCGAAUUCUGCAAACUAGUAUUCAAGAAAAUCGAGCGGCUGGCAGUGAAGUUAUUGUAUUGGGCGUAACAUCUGCUGACUCAACAGCUCUCCAGUUCGUCAUUUCCGGUGGUGACGGAGUCGGUUUAUUUACGAUCAAUAAUGAAGGCGAGAUACGAACGGUGCGCAGCCUGGACUGCGAGACGAGCCGCGGCUAUUGGUUGCAGGUUGCCCUCUACAGCGCGGCAGACAUGGGAGCUGCAGCCGACUACUGCUGGGUUUACGUGCUUGUGGAGGAUGUCAACGAUUUCGUCCCUCUAACAGACAAGCCAAUGUACCGUAUAUACGUGCCUGAGGACACCUUGCCCUCAACACAUCUUCUGACGCUGCAGGCCUACGAUGGAGACUUCAGUUCGGUCGGCAGGAGCGGGGUAGUCAAAACUAAGCCCCUGCGUUCCGGAUCCGGGAAAAGAGACACACUUGAAUACGAAGAAAACCGGAGCCAAUGGAAGGCUGACACGGAAGAACCUGUAACACAUGACGGUAACGUCUUUUUGGGAGACAAUCCUAAUGGAGGAAUGAUAACUUUCCAUAUCAAAGAGAUAAGAGGACGUCGUAAUUCUCCGGGAGAUGCACCAGAAAUGGAUGAACAAGGUUGGGCAUCUCAGUCAAUUGGACAAGGAGUUUUCAUCAUUGAUCGAAUAUCGGGAAUUCUAAGCACAGCAGGUCCCUUGGACCGCGAAUACCAGAACCAGUACGAGGUCCUGAUCGUUGUCAGUGACGAAGAGCUGUGGAGCGUCACGACGGUGUACAUCACAGUCACUGACGUGAACGACAACACACCGCGGUUCAUUGAGAACUUCUACAGGGUGACUGUGCCAGAGCGUUGGCCCGACUCUCUGAGUCGUGCUGCACAGAAGCUGCCGACGACACGAAGCGACCUCAGGAGCGAUGGCCAUUGGCCCCUCAUGCAGGUGUAUGCACGUGACCGCGACAGUGGCAGGAACGCAGAGCUCACGUACUCUCUGAAGAAGUCGUCUGCUGCUUCAGGGUCUCUGUUCAGCAUAGACCAAGAGACUGGUCUCAUCAGCACCUCCUCCGUCCAGCUGCUAGCUGGCCAAACUUAUGACCUGCUUGUGGAAGCUCGUGAUAAAGGUCGGCCUGCUCGUACCACUUCUGCACGUGCAUUACUUCGGGUAGCAAGAGUGCCCCUGGUCUCUGCACACGCUCCUCGAGUAAUCUUACCUACCGGUCCUCUGCACCUCAUGGAGUCUGACCCUCCCGGACAUCCAGUCACAUUUGUCACCGCCAUUGAUCAAGAUAACGAUACUCUGUGGUUCUCCAUCGUAGACGGAGACCCAGCAGGACACUUCAGCAUGAGUGUGGACACAGGCAUCGUAACCGUGGCCCGAACUUUGGACCGCGAGACUCAAUCCUCCUACAACAUCACCGUAGCUGUCACUGAUGGAACAUUUUUUUCUUAUACUCAGAUGCACAUCAAGAUUUUGGAUUCCAAUGACCAUGCCCCUUCCCUAAGGGAGCCGAUAGUUCAUGUCAGCGUUUCGGAGGCAACCUUGGUGGGCUCUGUCAUAACAAAACUUCAUUGCUCAGACAAUGAUCAUCAUUUGCCAACAACCAAACCGGACGCUCACGUAAAUCAUCACCCAAACCACCUCAACAAGCUACCGCAUUCCACCCCAUCGGACGCUCAAGUCGGUCACGUUUCAUUUUCGAUUGACAAUGCGAGGGCUGUUGGUAGCGAAGACCUCUUCUCUGUCGACUCAACGACUGGAGAAGUAACUCUUGCCAAGCCUUUGGACAGAGAGAUUUCUCCUGUGCACGAAGUGACGAUUGCGUGCCGUGAUCGAGGCAACCGCGCUACGGCCGAUUUUGGUCGUCUGGUCAUGACCGUUACAGACACCAACGACCAUCACCCUGUCUUUGCCGAGACCGUCAUGACGGCUGUGGUGUGGGCAGAUGCUGCGGUUGGUUCUGUUAUCGUCACUGUUCGCGCCACAGACGCUGACUCAGGAGACAACGGACGCCUAUCUUAUUCCAUUGUUGAAGGGAAUCAAGAUGGAUUGUUUACCAUUGACCCAUCACUGGGAGUGGUACGACUGGCCGUACGGCUGCAGCACAGCAAUACAGACCACGGAGGAGAAUACCUUCUUCUGAUCCGGGCCACAGACCACGCCUCCCACCCGCGGUCUGCUUCCCUGCCUGUCAGAAUAACCAUAAUUAUGGAUGCUAAGGCACCUCCAAGUUGGACAUGGACAAAUUCAAACUAUGGUUCACCGGGACGCUCCCACCCUGUGGUUGAGGUGAGCGAGUGGGCCAGUCCAGGUACGGCAAUCGCAUCUGCUGGUGCGGCAGCACCGCUCACUGGACUACAAUACACUAUCGAAGCAGUCAAUUUUCAUCAGACAGACUCAUCGUCAUUGAAUUCGGCAAACAUUUCUGAUGAUGUUCUAGAACGUGACGUGUUCGCCGUGAGCCCGUCAUCUGGAGUUGUGACUACUACACGGGAGCUUGACAGAGAACGUUGUUCCCGGUACAACAUCACCAUCUCAGCUAGAAAUUUGGCUGGAAUUUCGAGAUCCACUUGGCUCCUCAUCUCUGUCACCGACGAGAACGAUCACAGACCGAUAUGGGACAAGAUUCAGUACCGUGGGUAUGUUUUUGAGACCGCAAAUACUGGAGACCCUGUUCUCCUCUAUCUCGAUCACAGACUAGAAAAAUCCGUCCAUGAUCCGAAGACUCCGAGUAAAGAACCUUACGUAAUACAGAAAAUUAAUCGAGAUGUAAAUUUCACAGUUGCUAGCGAUCUUCAUGAUGUUGUAACAAAGACAUUUCCAAAUCAUCACAUUUCGAUUCCUAAAAAUUACGAUGUAACAUCUAAAAACUACCCUUCAUCCUACGCUACCAUCGAUGGUCACCUGGACGACGCAAAUCCAGAACCUUUGACCGUUACAGCGUCCGAUGCCGAUGCAGGCGCCAACGGGAGAAUUCAUUACGAAAUCCUCAAAAAUAGUGCAGCUCGCAAGUUCUUCACCAUCGACUCGAUCACAGGAGCCCUGAGAGUCGCAGGCAACCUGUCUUCUCUUGCCGGGAAAGAAUUUAAUAUCAAUGUCUGGGCAUCUGACAUGGGGUCGCCUCGUCUUCAAGCCCUGAAUCCAGUUUCCGUCCACGUCUUUGUCAAAAAAGUGAACAGAUUCCCACCACACUUUGAAAAAAAAUUCGUCUUGAAUCCCAAUGAUUUCGUUGUUAUCCGCCCCACUUCAGGGGUCAUUCAAACAACGGGCAAGCCCUUUGAUCGUGAGGACGCUGCUCAGUUCGCGGUCUUGGUCCAGGCAAGAGACGUAUCUUCGGGUGCCGUGGGUAACGCUGUGGUAGAGUUGACAGUCCUCGACGUGAACGACAACGAGCCCGUAUUUCUGUCGCAGCCUUACAACGCAGUUGUCCCGCUAACUGCCAUCAAAGGUCACGUCGUGGCAAAGGUGAAAGCAGUGGAUGCAGACGAGGGAGAUUUUGGACGCAUUCGGUACGAGUUGGUGCGCGGCAGCGGCGAGCUGUUCACCGUGGACCGAGUGUCCGGUGAAGUCAUCUUACGACAGCCGCUGGUCGCCCCAGACCGCACGCUGCACCUCGUCGUGGCGGCCUAUGACGGCGGCACUCCGCCACUCAGCUCACAAGCACACGUCGCGCUAAGGAUCGUGUCGUCGCCAGGCCCUGAAUUUGACUGGAGCACAUACAGCGCUGUUGUUCCGGAGGACGCCCCCGCUGGCACUGUUCUCAGCAGGGUUUUUGCUGUGGCUGAUUCGGGCGUGCCACUGGUUUAUAGCAUCGUCGAGGGGGAUCCUCAACAUCUUUUCGGCCUCGACUUUUCAACGGGCAUCCUUCACACGAUCGCGCCCCUGGACUUUGAGAGCAAGCGAGGUCAUAACCUCACAGUUCGGGCGAGCGACCCUGUCUCUGGUGGAUACACUGACACUCUGGUCGAAGUAUCGGUGACUGAUGUCAACGACAACAGACCUGCUUUUGAAGAUGCUGGGCUGCACGCGGUCAUCUAUGAGGCCGCGGUGCCUGGCACAGUUAUCACUAGAGUGCUUGCCCGGGAUCCCGACACCGGCUUGGGCGGAUUGGUCAGGUACUCUUGCAUAGACGGCUGUGACGACGGACGUUUCGACGUCGCUUCUGACGAAGGCACCGUAUCAGUGGCACGUCAACUCGAUCGCGACUUCGACGCAGCCAAGAGGUUCAUCAAAAUAUUGGCAUCUGACGGUGGUUUGAAACCUCUUACAUCGACCACGUCCGUCUUUAUAACAGUCGAAGACUUCAACGACAACGCUCCUGUGUGGACCGAUCAAGAAUUCAGAGUCUUUGUGGCAAUCGAGGCCGAUGCUGGACAAGUGAUAGCAAAAAUCACGGCCCGAGACCCCGACGCAUCUGACUUGAACAAACUAAGGUACCACAUCAGUGGGGGAGACUACGAGCACGUAUUUCUUCUACAAGAAAAAACAGGCGUCCUGUCAGUUGUGUCACCGCAUAAGCUCGUCAGCGGGUCGCUCGUGUCGCUAAAUGUAACCGUCAGCGACGGUGUACAUGCGGUGGCCAACUCACUCAAUAUAAACGUGCUUCCAUCUAACAGCCAUUCUCCGAGGUUUGCGAAGGAUCGUUUCGAUGGGACAGUUCCAGAAAACGUGCCCCCAGGCACGCUCAUCUUGCGCCUAGAAGUUGAAGACGACGACCAGGACAUCUUUGGUCGUGUGCACUUUACUCUCUUCGAUAAUUUCUUCGCAGGCACCUUUGCUCUUGAUGCCAAAGGAAGGCUCUACUCAAAAAUACCACUGGACCGGGAGACUAUAAGCUCAUACUCUUUGGUAGUCUCAGCUACCGACGGUGGGGGAAAGCAAGACUACUGUAAAGUGUUUGUGCAUGUCGAGGACCGUAAUGAUAACCCUCCUGCCUUCAGUCUGCCCGAGUAUCAAGCUGACGUGAGCGAGGACUCUGGCGCCGGUCAAAUAAUUCUAAAGCUUAACGCCCAGGACCCUGACGAAGGUAUUAACAGCGAAGUGACCUAUCAGAUUUACAAGAUUGGUACCACCGAAACCAUGGACCUCUUCCAUCUCGACUCCGCGUCUGGAGAGCUGUCACUCUUACGUCCCAUUAUUGGCCUCGGGGGCGCAGUGUUCCAGAUGUUCGUACGCGCUACAGACCGCGGGGUUCCAGCGCAACACUCUGACGUGCCAGUGACUGUAUUCAUCCAUGCACCCGUCGCCAGCCUCCCUCAUUGCCCUCUCACACACGCUCAGUUCUUCAUAUCGGAAGACGCGCCAAAAGGAACCGUUGUGACGUCGCUCUGGGUGAGCGGGCCUCUAUUGGUGAAAUACUCGAUCACGGACAGCUACCUGACGGGUUCUCGUGGCAUAAACGAUGACAGCACCCUAGCUGAAAUAGGUGCCACCUCUGCUGAUGCUGAGCAGCAGCAACACUUUGCUAUUACUCCUUCAGGACACGUCUUGGACGCAAAUGACAACGCUCCUCGUUUUUGCUCCUCGUCGUACUCCUCAAGUCUCCCUGAGAACACCGACGUGGGUAGCACAGUCCUGUUGUUCAGCGCCUCUGACCCAGACGCGGGCGUCAAUGCGCAGAUCCAAUACGGCUUCGCAGAUGACACCACAUCAGAUGUCCGAGAGAUGUUUCAAGUGUCUCCUACGUCCGGUGCCCUGAUUCUUAUCUCCCCGUUGGACAGGGAGUCUGUUCAGCAGUAUAAGUUUACUGUGAUCGUUUCCGAUGCAGGACUUGAACCUCAAUCAAGUUCAGCUUCUGUGCAAAUUUUGGUUACAGACGUGAAUGAUAAUCCACCCAUCUUUAAUGAAGACUUUUAUCGAGCGUCAGUUUCCGAAGGAGCUCCUCUCGGCUUCUCGAUCCUAACCCUCUCGAUGUCUGACGCCGAUGAGAAGCAAUCAAAUACAAAUUUCUUCAUCACCGCAGGAGACCCUGGCGCCAAUUUUUUAAUUAAACCCACUGGAGAGGUCAUCGUUGCUCGAUUACUGGACCGGGAGAAUCAAGAUCAGUUCAUUUUGCACGUUUCGGCGACAGACGGCAGAUUCACAGCGAACACAACCGUUAGCAUCGAUGUACUUGAUAUCAAUGAUAACGGCCCAGUUUGCGUUGAACGCGUCUUGCACCAAAACAUCUCAGAAGACGCAGCAAUAGGAACUUAUGUCACGACCGUAGCGGCCUGGGACACCGACACGGCCCUCUACAGCCGUACCAGAUUUUCUCUCGCCGGUGAGGGUUCAUUGCAUUUCUCUAUUGACGAGCACACCGGUCAGAUUGUGACAGCUAACCUACUGGAUCGUGAAUCUCAAGAUGAAUACCAUUUUUUGUCCAUUGCGUCAGACUGGGAGCAACACGAGUGGCAAUGUUCAGUGGAGGUUCACAUCUUCAUCACAGACGUGAACGACAACCCGCCAGAGUUCCAACUACACCAAUACUCCCUGAAUAUACCUGAAGACUUCCCUCUCCACGGCGCCAUUGCCAGGGUCAUCGCAAGAGACCCUGACUUAGAUCGGAACAAGCAAGUGGGCUACAGUCUUCAAGAAACUGACGAAAGAAUAUUCUCGAUCAGUCCUACUCAGGGGCUUGUUAAGCUGGACAUGCCACUGGACCGGGAGAGACAAGACAGAUACACAAUUACCGUUUGGGCGCACGACAAAGGCGAUCCUCCAAUGUCUUCCUCGGCAAAAGUUGUUAUCUCUGUAGUCGAUGUGAAUGAUAACCCACCCGAGUUUCUGCAUCGAAUUCUUCACAUCGACGUCGCUGAGAACUCUGCUUUGGGCACGGAAAUCGCCAGGGUUGUGGCCACGUCCAAAGACAUCGGCGUUAAUGGAGAUAUUUCCUACAGUCUUCAGUCAGUCAGCGAGGAACACCUACACGUGCAUAAAAAAACUGGAGCCAUCACCGUCGCUAAAACACUGGACUACGAAAAUACGAAGGCAAUUUUAGCUACCGUGUUAGCCACAGAUGGCGGUUACCCUGCUUUAUCUUCAACAUGUCUACUGAAUGUGACUAUACUUGAUGUCAACGACAACGCGCCCGUCUUCGAACAGGAAACUUACUUUGCUACCGUGUCUGAGGAUGCUAGCCUUGGCACUAUUCUAAUCAAAGUAUCUGCUCAUGAUGCAGACAGCGACCAGAACAACCGAGUUCGCUACGCCAUCACCGACGGGGACAAUAACGGCUGUUUCUCCCUCAACGCAAGAACUGGGGCUCUUAGUUUGUCUUCAGUAAUUGACAGAGAAACGGAACCAGAAUAUUUAUUGAAAAUUACAGCCAGCGACAGCGGCACACCAGCUCUCUUCACCAGUGCUACCGUCUCUGUAAAAGUUCUGGAUGUAAACGAUAAUCCACCAGUGUUUGAGAAGGCCUUAUAUUCUACUGUAAUGCAGGUUGAUAAAGUAAUUGGCUCACCUGUUACUCGCCUUCUCGUCACUGACAAGGAUGAUGCCGAUAAUGGUGCUCCAUUCACUUUUGAAAUUCAAGAAGAAAUUGCAACUGGCGCUCCUGAGGGCGACUACAAAUCUGUUUUCAACAUUGACCAGGAAGGAACAAUUGGGCUGGCAAGGACUGGCCAAGAAAUUAAGGUUGGAAACUCUUUCCUGCUGAAAGUGCGAGCUUGGGAUAGCGGUUCGCCUCCUCUGCACAGCGAUGUCUUCGUGAAUAUCUCUAUAGUUGAAGAAUCUAAUUAUCCACCCGUUAUCCAGCCUCUUAAAAUUUCUAUUUUCUCUUACACCUCUCCGUACAAGGGAGGCAUUGUUGGCAAAAUAAGAGCUACAGACAGAGACCCAUACGACAUUCUACAAUAUUCGCUUAGUUCAUCUACAAUUCACGGAAACAGCUAUGGGUAUUUUGAAGUUGACUCUCGGGAUGGCACUUUGGUUGUGACGUCACAUUUGGAUGGUGGGAUGUACAAAAUCAACGUGUCGGUCUCCGACGGAAAGUUUACAAGAUUUGGGGAUAUAACAGUAAUUGUUACAAUUAUCACCGAAUCUAUGCUCAACAGUGCCGUUAUUUUAAAGUUAGGCCCAAUGACUCUAGCUGAGUCUGUGGCCAAGUUUAACAAUUUUCUUGUUAAAAUAAUAGCGUCGGAACUAAAUGAACAAGAGAAUAGAGUGCAACUUAUUAGUUCGCAAGUAGGACGAGAUGAUAAAAUGUUAUUGAAGAAUGGAGUUGAAAGUAAAAAGAACAGUAUUUCUGAAAUUCUUUUCGUUGUUCAGAAGCAAACGGAUAAAUUCUAUGAGAGGAGGCAAAUUCUCGACGCGUUAAAUGCCCGAAGAAACUUGAUCAUAAAUGAACUCUCUCUUGAUCAUUUCGAACUCAUGAAAUCCCCUUGCAACUCUAAGUUCAAGUGUAAUAAUCAAGGCAAGUGUUACAAUGAAAUUAUAAUGGGUGAAGAAACGGUUUUAACCUUAAAUUCUGUUUCCAUGAGCCUCGUCUCUCCGUCUUUCGACUACCAAGCCAUUUGCAAGUGCUUCAAAGGAUAUGGCGGGGCAUUUUGCCAGGAAACUUUAAACGCGUGCGGACACAAGCCAUGUCGUGAGUACCAGCAAUGCUCGGCCACUAACACAGAGGGCAAGAGUUUCGAGUGCCAUUGUCCCCGCGGUUUCACGGGCGAUAUGUGUCAGAUAAACGUUGAGUCGUGUAAUGAUUUACUGUGCCACAAUCCAGUCCUUCCGUUACAUUUUGGUGGUAAAAGCUACGUCCAGUAUGUGAUGGAAGAUCCGAAGCUAGCAUACUCAAUGCAAUUGAGCUUAUUUUUGAAAACUAGACAGUCUUCAGGGACAAUAAGUUAUAUUAAAGGAGGUAUAGACUUUAGUAUUCUAGAACUUUCUAAUGGUUUCGUACACUACCGAUGGGAUUGUGGUUCAGGUGAAGGAAUGAUCGAUUCUUCUAGUGUGAGAGUUGAUGACAAUCAGUGGCAUCUAAUCAACGUGACACGAGUGGGGACCGUCUCUGUGUUGUCCGUGGAUGGCAAUGAGAGUUCCUCUGUAUCUCCCGGAGAAAACGAUUUGCUCAACUUCAAGUCAGGCCAUUUAUAUUUUGGUGCUCAGGUAAACGUUCGCAAAAAAAUAAUGAGCGUUGACUACGGUUUCCUGGGAUGCAUUGAUCAAAUAAAGCUGAAUGGACAUUUACUUCCGACUAUCCAAUCCAAUGCAAAGAAUCGCCCUUUCUUGAAUAAACUUGCCAGUGUAGAAUUUUCGUGCGAUAGUGUCUUACCGAAGCCAGGACCAUGUAGUUCACACCCUUGCUUCAAUGGCGGCACGUGUGUGGAGCUCGGUACAGGCGAAUACAAGUGCUCGUGUUCUCUUCCCUUCCAUGGCGAACAGUGUCAGUAUAACGCAGAUCCUUGCUUCUCAGAUCCAUGUCUCAACGGUGGAAUUUGUUCUCCACUCGGCGAUACAUUUCAGUGCAAUUGCUCCAAUAACUUGUCAGGCCAAAGGUGCCAGUACGGAAUUCAUUGUUUUUCAAACCCCUGUCAAAAUGGAAGUCGCUGUGAAGAUGGCGAAGAUGGGCCAUUGUGCAGAUGUGACCUCUUAACCGGAGAAAAGUGCGAAGAAGACUUAGAUGAAUGCGCAGUGCAACCAUGUUUCAACGGUGGCUCGUGCGUAGAUCUUCAUGGUGGUUUCAGUUGUCUUUGUAAACCUCAAUUCAAAGGGAAACACUGUGCGACACCUAUUUUCAACGACGAUAAAAUGCCUUUUAGUUUCUCUGUGAAAGACGUCGCAGCGUUAUUCACUGUUGUCCUUACUAUCUUACUCGUGGUUCUUGUAUUUGCCACAUGGCAGAGAAAAAAACGGAGGAAAAAGCGCCAGCAACAGAAUAACAGACCCCCGACAUCUGAGCAAGUGAAGAAUGACUUGAACUCCACUAACUUGCUCCCUGCAAGAACCUCCAAGAAAUGUAACGUCGAAGCUGAUCAGCUGGGGCUUAGCUUCCCACCCUUCACGGCUAGCGAGAAUGAUUCAGUUAUACUGAGCGGCAUCAAACCAUGGAACGAACCGUGUCAAUCAACUCCAGAUAAUAUGGAGCUGGACAUUCUCAGCCGACACGUCAAUGACCUCGAGUCAGAUUUGUACACACCUCGUAAUUGGAUCGAGUCCAGAAGACCGAACUCAAUCUGUCAGUCACCAGUCACGUCGUCGAGUUUUUUAUCCUCUCUCCGAGGCUCAUCACAAGGCCAGUUGCUCGGUGCUGGAAUAAUCGGGCCGGCUGAAUCGAGAAGAAAUAAAUUCAUGGAAGUUCUGCAAGUGGAUGACUAUGAAACUAUAGAAAAUAGCAGUGAAAAGCCUUGGGAUCAUCAUAAUAACCUCAGAAGUGAUUACUCCACUACGAUGAAAGCAGAUGUGGCUUCUGCUGACGACUACGGAAUGCGAGCGGCUAAACCUCUUCGAACUUUUGGCGGGGGCGUUGGCGUCAACUUGAGUGGACGACAUACUCACCAUCUGGCCACGCGGGCUGCCGUUCUUGCGGACCGAGUGGACAAUUCUAACAAAUCCGAGACUGGGGCUUCUUCGUGCCGCCGGGCUGAAGUAACAGAAACUGUAGAUAACUCGUCUUCGGAAGACACUAAUUCCGGUCACCCGCAAUUUAGUGAUGCUGCUCGGGAACUUCCUGAAGUCGUUCUUUGUAGCUACGAUUCUUCUCAAAUGAAGCUUUUACAUACCUCUUAAAACGAUAAAGUCAUUAAAGUCAGGACACCAAUAAGAAAGAAACCGUGCACCACCAAUUUUGAACGCCAAUCAGCCCUGACUGGAAAGCCAAGCAUCUUUUCGUAAAGCCACAAAUCAGCCAUGGAAGAGCCGAUCGUCAAUAAUCAGCCCGCAACAUCAUUUUGUUUGAAAUGUUAUGUGCUUUGCACCAUCAAACUAAGAAGUAAAUGGCCUAGAGUGUAAUUACAUAAUGCACAUAAUAAUUACAUAAUGCAUAAUUUCAUAACCUUACCAGUGCAAGAAGAGUUAGCAGCGCACAACGCAAUGCAAUCAAUCAGCUUAAUUUCCUCUAGAGUUAAAUGAAAACUGCCUUGCAUCACCAGACCGCGGAUCGGAUAUGACUUCCAGCCUUCGACGAGUACGUGUUCAUUUGAUCCAGGGCUGAUUCGAUGCAGAGCGUAAAUACUGGCGGCUAGUUGGUGUCACGGUUUGGAGAAUGAUUGCUGAAACGCUUCUGUCGCUCUUACUAAUAUGUGUAAAGUUAUUGCGGGUCGUGUGGACGAUUCUGGGCCAUACCAUUACAGGCUUUUUUUUGCUAAAAACUUGUUAGUCUUUUUGAAAGGAUAUGAUUUAACCUGAAAGGCUUCCAGCCGAUAAUGUGACAGACCAGAAUUGUUAAAAGUUUUGUUACUGAAGGAUCGGUUUACGCCAGUCCGUUCGACGCUAAGCAGUGUUUGUCUCCGGCAGGCAACCCAAAAACAAGAAUUUGUGUUAAAAGGACAAAGUGAGAUGUGUUAUUUUCAGCUCACCCAUGAACACCAACCUAAUUAAUACUAAGGCAACCUUAAGGAAAUGAAUUUUGAUACUAGUGCACCUUUUGAUACUAGUGCACCUACUUGGCAAGAGAACUCCGAAAACAUCAUCGCCGUAAAUCUGGGUGACUACAGGACAGGAUUCUACACCCUUCAGUUGAUCACAACUAAAGUGACUAAACGAUCAAACCAGGAGCGGCAUACUAGCCCCAGUGUAACGUACUGAGCGCUGCAGUUGCCUAAAUUGUUAUAAUCCUUACUAGAGUAAGGCAGAUCUAUCGGUACACAUUUUUUACAAUGUUAUAAAAAAUUCUGAUUAACUGGGUUUCAAACGUUACGCUUUCAUAAAAUAUUUAGCGAGUACAUUUAUUCGAUGUCUUGAUGAUAACGCGUCCGAGCGACUGAUUGACAUACUUUUCACCAACCAGGGAGCUCAACUUGAAGGAAUCGAAAAACGCUGAAUAUUAUUUAUGAGCACAACACAAUUGAUAUUUCUGAAAUGCAUUACUUUUCUGAGUAAGACGCGUUGAAAGUUAUGAAAGAAUUACUAUAAAAAGCGUCGAUAGCGUUGCGAUUCCAAUCCGAAAUUCGCUUUUUCUGGGGUUUGCGUGUUGAUAUAUUUGUCUUAAUUGCCUCGUUCCGCAGAUUGAGAAGAAUUCGGCAUCUAAUACUUUUUUUAUAAUCAUAACAUAUUGAAUAGGUGGACAAAAAUAUUGACUAGUUUAUAUGUACUUUCUGUAAUGUUUAUAUUUAUUUGGAAUGGCCAAAAUAAGUCUGGAAGCAAUUCAUAAAUAGUGAUGUAAAUUUAUACUUCACAUGUUUGAAGGCACAACUUGCAAGAAAAAAAUAUCUGAAUAAAACACAGAAAACACAGGGCGUCCCAUGACAAUUCAGUGCUUACUUCUCCGCUCCUCUACUUCUUGGAAUAGUUGCAAUCAUUGCUAGAUAUUGAUA